GGCCCCGUGCUACAACACUAGCAUCUGAGGAGGACUCUUGUGUUUUAAUGUUUCACCUAAAUUAGCGACGAUGCCGAGUUCGUUGUUAGUUGUUUUGUUCUUCAUAUUUCACGUGUGCGUCUCAGCAACUGCAGCCCCCCAGGAUGGGGACAGGGACAGGGACAACUACCUCAUGCUGGUGUGGAACAACAGGCUGUACUGGUACUCAGCUGCUGCCCUGGUGUUCGGGGUCUGGUUCUCCCUGAAGGUCACCCUGAGCAAGAAAAGGUUUGCAAAAGAUGUCCAGUCGUGGGUCCAGCGAGCUCCAGAGAAGGACAACAGUUCAGAUCCGGACCCAGAGGUUCACGUGUCGGGGGUCAAAAUCUUCUUCGGCUCUCAAACUGGAACGGCAAAGGGUUUCGCAGAAGAGCUGCGGGAGGAGGUGAAGACGCUGGGCGUAGCAGCUGAGGUGAUUGACAUGAAAGACUACGAUCCGGACGAUCGUCUGGCCGACGAGUGUGAGAGCCGGUCGGUGUGCGUGUUCCUGGUGGCCACCUACACGGACGGCCGGCCCACCGACAACGCCCAGUGGUUCUGCACGUGGCUGCAGGAGGCGUCCACCGACUUCAGAUACGGGAAGACGUUCCUGCGGGGCCUCCGCUACGCCGUGUUCGGCCUGGGCGACUCGGCCUACACCGGCCACUACAACACGGUGGGGAAGAACCUGGACAAGUGGCUGUGGAUGCUGAGCGCGGCGCGGGUCCUGACCCGCGGCGAGGGCGACUGCAACACGGCCAAGAGCCGCAGCGGCAGCGUCCAGGCCGACUUCCGGGCCUGGAAGGGCCGGCUCCUGGGCCGCCUGCGGGCGCUGGCCCAGGGCGAGGAGAAGAGCUGCAGCGGGAACUGCAAGAGCGGAGGCUCCUGCAAGAGGACGGACCGAGGGGAGGAAGAGGAGGAGAGGAACGCUGCACACAACACCGACUCCGAGGUGGAUCCGAUAGAAACCAGCAGCGACGAGGACGAGUCGGACCCGAUGGACGAGAAGAAAUCGGUGGUGGACCUGGAGGAUCUGGGAGACAUGAUGAGCAGCGCCAAGAAGGCCAAGACCAAAGCUGAUCCAGGAGACCAGAUGGUGAAGCUGUCCAGAGUAAACGGAGUGAGGAAGACUGAAGACGAAGGGGAGAGGAGAGAGAUGAUCACCCCGGCUCUGAGAGAAGCGCUGACCAAGCAAGGAUACAAACUAAUUGGAAGUCACUCCGGCGUGAAGCUCUGUCGAUGGACCAAGUCCAUGCUGCGGGGGAGAGGAGGCUGCUACAAACACACCUUCUACGGCAUCGAGUCGCACCGCUGCAUGGAGACCACGCCCAGCCUGGCCUGCGCCAACAAGUGCGUCUUCUGCUGGAGGCAUCACACCAACCCCGUGGGGACGGAGUGGAGGUGGAAAAUGGACCCGGCGGAGAAGAUCCUGCAGGACGCGCUGGAGAAGCACCAGAACAUGAUCCGGCAGUUCAGAGGAGUCCCGGGGGUGAAGCCAGACCGGUACGAGGAAGGCCUGGCCGUCAAGCACUGCGCCCUGUCCCUGGUGGGGGAGCCCAUCAUGUACCCCCAGAUCAGCACCUUCAUCCGCCUGCUGCACACCCACCACAUCUCCAGCUUCCUGGUCACCAACGCACAGUUCCCCGAGGAAAUCAGGAACCUGGUGCCAGUUACUCAGUUGUAUGUCAGCGUGGAUGCCAGCACCAAAGACAGCCUGAAGAGAAUCGACCGGCCACUUUUCAAGGACUUCUGGCCCCGUUUCCUGGACAGCCUCCGGGCCCUGGGAGAGAAGAGGCAGAGGACGGUGUACAGACUGACGCUGGUGAAGGCCUGGAAUGUGGAGGAGAUGCAGGCGUACUCGGAGCUCAUCGCUCUGGGGCAGCCCGACUUCAUCGAGGUCAAGGGCGUGACGUACUGUGGAGAAAGCUCCGCCAGCAGCCUGACCAUGGCCAACGUUCCCUGGCACCAGGAGGUGGUGGCCUUCGUCCAGCAGCUGGCUGACAUGUUGCCUCAGUACGAGAUCGCCUGCGAGCACGAGCACUCCAACUGUCUGCUCAUCGCACACACCAAGUUCAGGGUGGAGGGCGAGUGGUGGACGUGGAUCGACUACGAGCGUUUCCAGGAGCUGGUCCGCGGCUACGAGGAGAGCGGGGGCCGGCGGAGCUUCUCGGCUCUGGACUACAUGGCUAAAACCCCGCGCUGGGCUCUGUUCGGGGCCCGGGAGCAAGGGUUCGACCCGGCCGAGACCCGCUUCCAGCGGCGCAACAAAACCAGGGACAUCUCCGGAUGCUGAUGUUGGAGGUGACGGAGGGGUGAGGGGGUUGUGAGUAAACACAGCUCAGAAUGUAAGGUUCAGCGUUUUCUUUGUAGUUGAAAUGUUCUUUUAUUGUCCACAACUGUGUCUGUUCUCGUUUUUUUUUUUACUUUUUUAAAUGCCAUUCCCCCGUCGUGUGAGUUUGAGCGCUUCGUUUGCGUCUCACACCUGCAAAGAUGUUUGAUUCAGUCCAUUUUAUUAUUGUUACUGUAAGCUUCCUUUGAUGUCUCCGACCAGUCGGCGACACAGGAGCUGAUCUUGCACUAAUUAAGCUCGAGGGUUCGAAGGUUCUUCGUGUCUCGGCUGCAUCUUUCCAGGCUCCUUUGAUCUGUCCUCCGGCUCAUUUGGGUUGUUUUUCUCCUCCAUCAAAGUUUCUGAUCCUCAGAUCCGUGUUGAGUGACUCGGCUCUCAUAAGAAUGUAUCCAGACUUGAGACUGAAACGUUACUGUGAAUUUGUCUGACAUGUCGUGGCAGCGCUGAAAUGAAGCUGAGGGCUUCACUGAACAUUGAUCUCCUGUAAACCUGAACAUCACCGUACCAGAACUAUAACUUUAUUACUUCCAGCCGCUCAAUUCAAACUUAAAUUUCUUCGCAUUAAUGUAAAAUAGCUGGGUAAAUGUUGGUCUCCGUUUUCCUUUGUCUUCAAAGCUCUUGGUGUCGCGAAGCCUCCGGCUACAGACACAGAAACUGUAAUAAAUGUAUUUGAAUGA